UUUAGGGCAACUUAUAACUUUAAAUCUUUCACAGUGUGUUCUCACUUCAUGAAAGUAAAUGGUAACAUGUUAGUCGCCUUUUACUCAGCAUUCGGUAGCUCCACCCUCUUGUGUCACAUAAUCGCGUAGUUGUGAAUCCCACUGCUCAUCUCGGUAAGACCCGCCCUGCCUAGCUAGUUGAGGCAGAUACGAUUGGUUGAAACUAAUCAGGCUACCUGUAGCUCGGCGAGCUCGGACGCCUGGCCGAUCCCACAGGGUUUUGCCAAGAAAAAGUUAGAUUCAUAAUAACUCAUCACUUUUGGUUCCAAUAAAGCAAAAUGGCGGCGGCCAAUAACCAAGAUGGCAACGGCUUAAAACCAUGAUGGCGACGGGCAAAACUGUAGUCCACAUGGUCACGGCGACAAUGUCCACUUCUCAUAUACAGUCUCAUGUAAAGUCUGCCAGGCUGCUCUGCAGGCGUCAUGCUCAUAGACUCCAUCUUAACAAGUGAUCUCAUCUUAAACUUUAAACAAGCAGGCAGUUAGAUGAGAUCGUUUCAGUUCCUCAGUUGUUAAGAAGACUUAACACCAGAUUAAAUGACGAGUAGACGGAUUGUUUCACUUUUCGUCUCAGUUUCUCCUCCCUGCUCAGAAGCUCUUUGGCUCUGCUACUCGGUACAAAAGGCCUGGGUGAGGUCCAGAGUUUAUCCAACACGCUCAGUCGCUCCGCUGAAGGCUCCCUCCUUCCUGCCUGGGGGGGGUUACCUUGGGUGGCAACAGCAUGUGGAGGGCCAGGGAUUAGGACAAAAGGCAGGGUGCUGUUUAGUUGUGUGUGUCCUAGUUUGGAGAAGCCGGCAUGCUGCCAGAGCUCUUUUAAAUGAGUUACAUUCAGCAGGUCCUUUCACAUUUGACCAUCACUGUAGUCAAAGCUAUUUAAAUGAGUUACACUCAGAGCCCUUUAAAGAAAGAUCCAACCUCUGUAAGAAGGUUUGACCCACUGGUGGAGAGAGCCACUGUGUGGACUGUAAUGAAGACCCCCAGCACACACAGACUGGAGUCCGUACAGCUGGUCUUUCUUACUUAAAAGCAGAGAUAUCAGAUAUGGUGAAGUCCUUCUCCACCAUCUCCUAAACUACAACAGAAGCGCUGUCAGAAUGACACAGAGGGAAAUUCAGAGGAACGCAUCCAUAUCAAUGACUUAUCAGGUGUUUAUUAAGACCAACGUGUAACGAUGAGGAUAAGAAACGAAGGACACGGAAAUGUCAGAUACAUAUAAUAAAGAAAUGAGUGAAAAAGAUGUAUGAGUAAAAACAUAAAAGCAUAGCUCGGUUCUGCUUGUAUUUUUUUGGCUUCACAGAAAUAUUAUUACAAUCGUACAAAGACCCAAACUUUAAAGCUGCAUCAAUGAGGUUUUGGCCACUAGGGGGCAGAAGAGAACACCCCACAUUCUGAUAUAUUCCCAGAAAACUGGAGAAAAAGCUCUGAUAUUCCAGAACAAACGGGGUUAAAGCUGUUGGGUGUUUCGUUGAAGGCAGAUAGUGAAAUGAUGGAGGCAUCUCUGUAACCUCAGCAAACAGAGUAGAAGAAGAAGUAGAGGUUGGAAAGAGGUCUUCAGGAAGCUGUUUCAGUUGGACACGUUUUAAUUGUUCUUUCAUGUUGUCUGGAGAUGAAGACAAUAUAUAUAUAUAUAUAUAUAUCCAGGAAACAGCUGAUCUGUCACGUGAGUUAAAUCUUCUCUGCUUCAGAAUUCAUUCAGCAAAAAAGUUUCCAUUUAGGGCAUCGACAAAAAACCCUCAAUCGAGCCUAAAAACGUCUUUUCGCAUAUGAGGACGUUUUAUCAAAUUUUACUGUUUUGAUACAGCUUUUCUAAUGCGAUACUUCAGAAUAUGCAUAAAAUAUGUAAAUGGGGACACAGCUAAUGACACAUUGAUGUUUAAAACAUACUACAAACCUCACUUUCCCACAUGGAGUGUCUUAAACGCAGCUCGUCCUGGAGUAACAUCUGUCCACAUGUGCAGCGCGGUACAGAAGAAAUAUGCAAUAAAUAAAACUUUUAUUACAGUGUAUUUACAUGUAAAGAUUGUAUCUCAACUUCUUUUGUGCCUUUUUCAUUGAAAGUCUGAAUUAGUGAAAAUGUUAAUAUUUCACAAUUUUAAAAAUGUCUUUAAAAAUGGUUUAUAGUCGUGAGAUGAAAUAAAAAUAUGAUGUUGAUUUAUUAAAACAUGCUGAUGAUGAAUCGACGGCCUCCAGUUAAAAACUGUCCAAAUCUAAAGUUGGAUCAAAUCCUGAUUAUGAUAAAAUAUCUAAUGUGACGACUUAAAGAAUCCAUAACUCAACACAGUACAUGUUACAUAUGACCUGAUUCCCCGUCACAGUGAAUGUUUGUAUUAGAACUGAACAGAACUCCAUUCAAGAUGCUUUUGUUUUGUUGGAGUUUGACCGUCUAAAGAUCCCAAACGUCUGCCUCCUGCUUGAGGACUUUAAAGGCAAAGAAACAAAGAACGUUCCUGCGUUAUCAGAUUAGUGUCCAGCGGUGAGAGUCAGGAGAGGUGAAGGAGAGCGUGGAUGUUUUUUUACAGAGUCGUGACUUUAUGGUAUGAAGGUUUCCUCAGGUCCCUGAACGCCCCGUGAGGAGAGAUAUGUUGUAACGUAGUCCGUAUAUAUGCUGCUUCUGUAACUCACACAUUGAACAUGUAAAACAGGCCUCCACUUUGUUUUUUGAUGGAAGACAAUGGUUCCUUAAACAUUAAGGACGUUUUUAACGUAUUAAUUGACCUUAUUGGACCGAUACAAUGGGAUUCUUUAAAGAUGGGAGCCUGCACAUCAUUGUAUUGAUUCAUUGUUUCAUUUAUCAGUCAUUCAGUCUAUGAAAUGUCAAAGUUGAUUCGUUCAUUUUACUUGUCUUGUUCGACCAACAGUGCAAAACCCAAAUAUGUUGAGUUUAAUGUCAGAGAAAAGCAGCAAAUCCUCAAACAAUGAAUCAUUUACCAAAGUUUCUUCUGUCGGCCGACUAAUCAAUGAGUUCACUGAUCAUUUCAGCUCUGAAUCCAAAAAUAUGGAUAACAUCACAACAAUAUCGUGCAUAGAUUCAAAUGGAGGGAGUUCUCCUAUUCUUUCUUUCUUGUCAUGUUUAAAUGUCAGUGUUUCAUCUCUGCUCAGCAAUCCCAACACUCACAUGUUAAUAUCGUUUAAAUUCAACAGCGUCUGCGGGGUUCUCCUCUUUUGUAGAAACAUGUUCCACAUCUUUGUUCUGCAAAGCACUCGUGAUGUCUUCAGUCUCUGACAUACCCCUCACACAGCUUGACUUUCAGCCGGCUGCCCUCUCCGUGUCUGAUCAGCUCCUGCUCACAAGCAGACUGAAAACCCCCAAAAAACCAAGAAUAAACCUGUUUCUGUGCAGCAGGAGAAGCGGCCUGCAGGCCUCUCUGAACACUUCCCUUUACAGUCCUCAGACUGCACCGCCCCGCGGGGAGCCACCCCACCCAGCCAUUAUCCACAUCAAGAGUUCUGUUUACUCACAUCAAGCACACCUACUCCCACAACAUGUUCACAGACAUGAGGAGCAACACUCGUGUUACAAUUAAGAAGCCACGGAGAGGAUUUUAAAACAUUAAAUAAAACACGUGCUGUGGUGUUUUAAGGUUUUAAUGUGUUCCCACCGUCAGACACUGCAGGCUGGUAGUUACAUAAUCUGGUGAUGUAGUUUUAGAUUGAUUUUAAAACAGCAGAGGUAAUAAAACAUGAAGAAGAUGAAACUGCAUGCACGUCACCAACGGAAAUUGGUUUCUCAAGCAUUCCUUCAUAUAAAAACGAUCUGUUCCUCUAGUUAUUGUUUGUGUCUACGACCAGCAGCGUGUCUUCUAAAGGUCUCGGUGUGUUGUUCAUUGUGAAGGACACUCUUUCUGUGAAGCGUCCUGUUUGUGUUGAAUAAUGUGUCUCGUUAUUUGGGGACAGAUUUAUUGCUCAAGAGCUUCUCUCGGUGUCUGUGAGAAAGGUUUCCAGGUCAAUAAUUAACCAGCCUGAACCUCACUGUGUGGGUUGCCAGGUUUGUCUUAAAUGUCCCCGGAGGUGUGUGAGAGGGUUCUUAUAACGUCUGUUACCCGUUACUGAAGUGGGAGGUAUGAUGUAAUAACUACAGAUCUGGUGGGUGAUUCUUAGAUUUAGUUUUUCUAUCUUGUUUAUUGUGUUGCGUUUAAUGACCCUCUGGGAUUUACUAUUGUUAAAAAUCAAAAACACAAAAAUAUCCAUAACUACCAUCACUCCCAUGUUCAGGCCUGCUGGUCUGCUGUUGCAUCCUCGUCAGCGGUGUCCUAGUGCGCCAUCUAGUGGUCGAGUGCUGGAAUAUUUCCCAUGAUGCAUCAGCAGUGAUUCAUUCACGUGUGAUACAGUUAGUUGUAAGUGAACGUGAGUUUAAACCAAAGACACACAGACUCAUCUUAAAUGAAGAGAUUUCCUUUGCUCCUAUAAUCAAAAGUUCAUAUCACUGUAGACACACACACCAUGCAGGGUUCAAACCUUCAGUAUUUCUGUAACAUAACUGACCUCUCGAGGGCUCUUCAGCAUGUAAACAUCUAAACAUCUAAAACAUGUAAAACAUACAGUAGACAUGUUUGUCUUGUUAUAUCACCACUGCUUGUAGUACUACUGCUACUACUGCUACUACAAGUACUGCUACUACAAGUACUGCUACUACAAGUACUGCUACAUCUGCUACUACCACAGAUAAUACUAAUUCAUCAAUAACUAGAAGAAGAAUAACGUCGAUAUUGUUUUCUAUAACAAGAAGAAGAUUAAGUAUACAUGUGAAAUAAAGAUAAUCAAUCACCGCUACCCGUGUGGGGGAGUCGUGUUGUCUCUCACCACCUUCAGUAAUCUUAUGACUUGUGUGUUUUAUUCCCCCCCCAGUGGAGAGAGCGGCGCUGGGAAGACCGAGAGCACCAAGCUGAUCCUGAAGUUCCUGUCGGCCAUGAGCCAGCACUCCAUGGAGGUGUCGUCCAGAGACAGGACGUCCCACGUGGAGGAGGCUCUGCUGGAGAGCAGUCCCAUCAUGGAGGCCUUUGGAAACGCCAAGACCGUCUACAACAACAACUCCAGCCGCUUUGGGAAGUUUGUCCAGCUGCAUUUCAGCCAGAAGGGCAACAUCCAGGGAGGCCGGAUCGUUGACUACCUCUUAGAAAAGAACCGAGUGGUCAGUCAGAACCCGGGGGAGAGAAACUACCACAUCUUCUACGCCCUGUUAGCAGGAACCAACAGCCAGCAGAGAGAGGCGUUCGCGUUGGGCCAGCCUGCCAGCUACCACUACCUGAGACAGUCCAGCUGCCUCGCUGACAACUCCGUCAAUGACAGCGUCACCUUCCAGGACGUUCAGAAUGCCAUGCGGACGAUGCAGUUCACGGAGGAGAACAUCGGGGAGAUCCUGCGCCUUCUGGCCGGGGUUCUCCAAGCCGGGAACAUCGAGUUCAUGACGGCCGGAGGAGCGCAGGUCUCCUCCAAAUCAGCUGCUCUCAGCCGAACGUCUGACCUCCUGGGGCUGAACCCAGAUCAGCUGGCCGAGGUCCUGACCCACCGGUCCAUGAUCCUCAGGGGCGAGGAGAUCUGCACACCGCUCACCGUGGAACAGGCGGUGGACUCCAGGGACUCCAUGGCCAUGGCCCUUUACUCCCAGUGUUUCAACUGGAUCAUCCGAAAACUCAACAACCGCAUCAGAGGCAAAGAAGACUUCAAGUCCAUCAGCAUCCUGGACAUCUUCGGAUUCGAGAACUUCGAGGUCAACCGCUUUGAGCAGUUCAACAUCAACUAUGCAAAUGAGAAGCUUCAGGAAUAUUUCAACAAGCACAUCUUCUCCCUGGAGCAGCUGGAGUACAACAAGGAGGGCCUGGUGUGGGUCGACAUCAACUGGAUGGACAACGGAGAGUGUCUGGACCUGAUCGAGAAGAAACUGGGUCUCCUGGCACUGAUGAAUGAGGAGAGUCACUUCCCCAAAGCCACCGACGGCACCUUACUGGAGAAGCUCCACAGCCAGCACUCGAAGAACUCUUUCUACGUGAAGCCUCGUGUUGCUGUGCACAACUUUGGAGUCAGGCACUAUGCAGGAGAGGUGUUGUACGACGUGAGGGGGAUGCUGGAGAAGAACAGAGACACUUUCAGAGACGACAUCCUCAACCUGCUGAGGGAGAGCAGGUUGGACUUUGUCUACGAUCUGUUCGAACACGUAUUGAGCCGAAACAAACAGGACACUCUGAAGAGCAGCUCCAAGCACAGACGGCCCACAGUCAGCACCCAGUUCAAGGAUUCUUUGCACUCCCUGAUGGCCACACUCAGCACUUCCAACCCGUUCUUCAUCCGAUGCAUCAAACCAAAUAAACACAAGAUGCCUGACCAGUUCGACCAGACGUUGGUUCUGAACCAGCUCAGAUACUCCGGCAUGUUGGAGACGGUCAGGAUUCGACGCACCGGGUUCCCCGUCCGGAGACCUUUCCAAGACUUCUGCUCCAGGUACAAGGUGUUGAUGCCGGGCGCGGUGAUGCCGGACGACCACAGGAGGAGCUGCGUCCAGCUGCUGCACCGCUACGACAGCAGCAGUGCAGAGUGGCAGCUGGGAAAGACCAAGGUGUUCCUCCGGGAGUCUCUGGAGCAUCGCCUGGAGAAGCAGAGGGAGAUGGAGGUGCUGAGGGCCGCCGUGAUCAUCCAGGCCCACGUCAUGGGCUACAUGGCCCGGAAGCAGUACAGGAAGCUGCUGCAGUGCAUUGUGGUCAUCCAGAAGAACUACCGGGCUUUCUACUGGAGGAGGAAGUUCCUGCUCGUCCGCUGGGCGGCGCUCACCUUCCAGAAGCGCGUCAGAGGCCAGCUGGCCCGACGGGCCUUCAGCCGGCUGCUGGAGGAGAGGAAGAGGAGGGAGGAGGAGGAGAGGAAGAGGAGGGAGGAGGAGGAGCAGCUGGAGAGGGUGAGACAGAAGCUGGAGGCUGAGAGACUCGCCAGAGAGGCUGAGGAGGCCAGACGACUGGAGGAGCUUCUUCUGGCUGAGGAGUUGGCCUCUCUGGCUUUGCCUCAACCUGCAGCAGCAGCUGCGGCAUCAGCGGACACCUCGGAGGAGCCGCAGUUGGCGGAGUCGGCAGAGGCCCUCGAGGAAGCGUCCGAACCGGACGAGGCAAUCAUUCCUCACGAGGCUACUCAGGUGGAGGAGAUCCUGCGACUGGAGCGGGAGAUCCAGUCGCUGCAGAGGCAGAAGGAGCGUCAGGAGCUCUCCCUGACGGAGGCCUCACUCAACCGGCUGCAGCUCCUCCGCGACCAGGAGCUCCGGCGCCUGGAGGACGAGGCGUGCAAGGCGGCGCAGCAGUUCCUCGACUCGCUGAACUUCGACGAGAUCGACGAGUGCGUGAGGAACAUCGAGAGCUCUUUGGGAGUCGGCGAAGGGGAGGAGAAGGAGAGCGGACGGAGGAGAGGCAACGAGGAGGAAGAGGUCGACGAAGGGUUCGAGGCGGAUGACGAGGCCUUCAAGGACUCGCCCAACCCGAGCGAGCACGGCCACUCGGACGGCCAGCGGACGAGCGGGAUCCGGACGAGCGAUGACUCGUCUGAAGAAGACCCGUACGCCAAUGACGGUGUGACCCCACCGCUGCCGCCAACCGCCCUGCAACACCAGCCGCUGCCUUUACCGCCGGUGCCCCCACCCUGCCACGCCGCCUCAUCCAGCGGGGACUCGGCCUACUGUCACCCACAGGCUUCGACCGAGGCUCCGUCCGAUGACUUGGUGGAGCUCAUACCGCCGGACGAGGAUUCGGACUACGACCAGGACGACUACGACGAGGGCGCCAUCGUGUCCAGUGGCAGCGUGGCCUUCUCCAACCCUCGCAGUGGCCAGUGGUCUCCUGACUACCGCGGCUCUGUUGGCACCUACAACAGCUCAGGAGCCUACCGCUUCAGCUCGGAGGGGGCCCAGUCGUCGUUUGAGGACAGCGAGGACGACUUCGACAGACUCGACACCGAUGACGAACUGUCGUACCGGCGGGACUCCGUCUACAGCUGCGUCACGCUCCCGUACUUCCACAGCUUCCUCUUCAUCAAAGGCGGUCUGAUGAACACGUGGAAGCGGCGCUGGUGCGUUCUGAAGGACGAGACCUUCCUGUGGUUCCGGGCCAAGCAGGAGGCUCUGAAGCAGGGCUGGCUCCACAAGAAGGGAGGCGGCUCGUCGACGCUGUCCCGCCGCAACUGGAAGCGCCGCUGGUUCGUGCUGCGGCAGAGCAAGCUCAUGUACUUUGAGAACGACGGCGAGGACAAGAUGAAGGGGGUGCUGGACAUGCACGACGCCAAAGAAAUCAUCGAUAACACCGGUAAGGAGAACGGAAUCAACAUCGUGAUGCCAGAGAGGACCUUCCACCUGAUCGCAGAGUCCGCCGAGGACGCCAGCCAGUGGUUCAGCGUGCUGAGUCAGGUCCACGGCUCUACAGAGCAGGAGAUCAGAGAGAUGCAUGACGAGCAGGCCAACCCCCAGAAUGCUGUGGGCACGCUGGAUGUGGGGAUGAUCGAUUCGGUUUGUGCAGCAGAUAAUCCAGAGAGGCCGAACUCCUUCGUCAUGAUCACGGCAAACCGCGUGCUGCACUGCAACGCCGACACGCCCGAGGAGAUGCAUCACUGGAUCACCCUGCUGCAGCGCUCCAAAGGAGACACCCGAGUCGACGGCCAGGAGUUCAUCAUCCGAGGCUGGCUGCACAAAGAGAUGAGGAACAGUACGAAGGCCUCGCUGAAGCUGAAGAAGCGCUGGUUCCUGCUUACCCACAAUUCCCUGGACUACUACAAGAGCUCCGAGCGUAACGCCCUGAAGCUGGGAACGCUGGUGCUGAACAGCCUCUGCUCGGUGGCACAGCCGGACGAAAGGGUCUUCAAAGACACCGGCUACUGGAACGUGAUCGUGUACGGCCGCAAACACGCGUACCGUCUCUACUGUAAGCUGCUGAAUGAGGCCACGCGCUGGGCCAACUCCAUCCAGAAUGUCAUCGACACCAAAGCGCCCAUCGACACGCCGACCCAGCAGCUCGUCCAGGACAUCAAGGAGAACUGUCUGAACUCGGAGGUGGUGGAGCAGAUCUACAAGAGGAACCCCAUCCUCCGCUUCAACCACCACCCGCUGCACUCGCCGCUGCUGCCGCUGCCCUACGGAGACAUUCACGUCAGCGCUCUGAGAAACAGAAGCUACACGACGCUGCAGGACGAAGCCCUCAAAGUGUUCGGGUCUCUGCAGCACCUGGAGGGCAUGGCCGACCCGGUGCCCAUCAUCCAGGGCAUCCUGCAGACCGGCCAGGAGCUGAAACCGCUCCGGGACGAGCUCUACUGCCAGCUGAUCAAGCAGACGGUGCGGCCGCCGCAUCCCGGCAACCCCGGGAACCUCUGCAGCUGGAAGAUCCUGACCUGCAUGUCCUGCACCUUCAUCCCGACCAGGAGCAUCCUCAGAUACCUCAAGUUCCACCUGAAGAGAACUCGAGAGCUCCUACCCGGCUCGGAGAUGGAUCGUUACGCCGCCUUCGCCCUGGACUCCCUGAGGAAGACUCGAGCCAGGGAGAACGUCCCGUCGCAGGAGGAGAUCCGCUCCAUCGUGGCCCGGCAGGACAUGAGCACUACGGUUCACUGCCACGGAGGAGGCUCCUGCAAGAUCACCAUCAACUCACACACAACAGCCGGAGAGGUGGUGGAGAAGCUGAUCCGAGGUCUGGCCAUGGAGGACAGCAGGAACAUGUUUGCUCUGUUCGAACACAACGACACGACGCAGAAAGCCAUCGAGAGCCGUGCGGUGGUGGCCGACGUGCUCGCCAAGUUUGAAAAGCUCUCAGCCAGCUCAGACGAACGAAACACCGGAUGGAAGUUUUACUUCAAGCUCUACUGCUUCUUAGACUCAGAAAAUGUCCCCAAAGACAGCGUGGAGUUUGCCUUCAUGUUUGAACAGGCCCACGAAGCCGUCAUCCGUGGUCAGUAUCCGGGCCCCGAGGAGACUCUUCAGUUCCUGGCUGCCCUGAGACUUCAGUACCUCCAGGGCGAUCACAGCUCCCAGGCCAACGUCCCCGAAAUGUCCCUGGUGUUCCCCAUGGCGCGAUUGCGGGCCCGGGUGCAGAACUCGGCCAAGACGUUCGCUCCCGGCGCCGGCUCGGUGGCCGACCGCUCGGGGACCUCAGAGAGGAAGCGCUCGAGCUUCCUGGAGGGAACGCUGAGGCGGAGCUUCAGGAGCGGCUCGCUGAGUCGGCAGAAGCUGGAGGAGGAGAACAGCCUGGAGGCGUGGAUGAGGGAGGAGGCGACGGCGGUGAGGACCAGCGUGAUGGACAAGUGGAAGAAGCUGCAGGGGAUGAACCAGGAGCAGGCCAUGGUCAAGUACAUGGCCGUGGUGAAGGAGUGGCAGGGAUACGGAUCCACGCUGUUCAACGUGGAGUGUCGGGACGGAGCGUUCCCCUCCGAGCUGUGGUUGGGCAUCAGCCGGGAGGCCAUAUCGGUGUACAAACGAGGGGAGCCGUGGCCUCUGGAGGUUUUCCCGUACGAACAGAUUCUCUCCUUCGGAGCUCCGCUGGCCAACACCUACAAGAUCGCCGUCGAGGGCCGAGAGCUGGUCUUUGAAACGCAAAUGGUCAUGGACAUCGCCAAGCUGAUGAAGGCCUACAUCAGCAUGAUCGUCAAGAAGCGCUACAGCAACUGUCAGUCCGUCAGCAGCCACGGCAGCCAGUGCAGCGCCUGGUGAACGCCGCCCUUUGACCUUUAAACUUUACGGCCACUGGCCCGGAGCGCCCACGGCUGAGUGGUUCGAGCGCGGCCGCCGCCGGGCCGCGGUCGGACGCCCCGUCCUCGGCGCUCUUGAGGCAGCAGCUCGCACAUUCGACCUGUCAGACUGACUCUGUGGAUGCUGGAGACAAACCACGAGGCUCUUAACCUCAGUUAGCUCAAGAUUAGUAUUCUGAAUGGUUUCAUUCCAAAACAUGAAACAUCCACACCUGAGAGUUCACAACGAGAUAUCAUCCUGAUGAUGACACACCUGAGAGUCAGCAGGUUCCAGUGUUCAGAAGGUGGAGGGAUGGAGCUCAAAACAAGACACUAAACACUGACGACACCACGAGCCCGACUUUGUACAGAAUUGAUGAAUCGUCCUCAAUAUCAUUUUAAGUAAAAACGCCGUUUCGUUUAGUAAUUUGCGUCUUGAAGCCCCGAAGGGCUCAAGAGCCUUUGAAUCUUAAGGUUUCAUGAACGGGAUGACAUCUACAGAGGAACAAUCAGUUAUCCCGUAAAAUGACACAAAGAUAACACGACGUUGUGUUUAGCAACAAAGUGUCAGAAUAAAAGCGCAUUAAAGUCAAGUGGCUCGUAGCGUCGACUCGAACUAAUGGAAGGAAGACAUUGACGUGGUCAUUGAGGACAACAAACGAUUACACAACAACAAAAUAUACAACACGAACAAUUCGUCAAGUGUCUCCCCAAAAUAAAACCAGCUGAAGGUUUACUGUAGAAAUAAUGUGCUGUGACACGACAAGGAGUGUUGAUUCAGGGCGAGGCUUUUUGUUACUGAGGCUUUUGUCCGUGUGUGUGUGUGUGUGUGUGUGUGAGACGUGUGUGUGAGAUGUGUGUGUGUGUGAGAUGUGUGUGUAUGUGUGUGUGAGACGUGUGUCUACGUGUAAAAACUAAAAUAAAUGAAGCAGAGAAGAUAAAGAACAGAAGAUAGUUUCCUCUGCUGUGAAACACUGGGACUCGACCUUCUAUACAAACGUUCUCCAGGGAUGAUCUGCUCGCUGUAAAUAUUAUGCAACUGUACUUUUUAAUUUGUGAUCGAUUGUUUUUCGAUGGAUUUGCUGACGACUUUGAAUAAAGGUCACACAAGUGCCUGUUCACGCUGAAGCAGGACGAGCUGAACGGGCCUCGAGUCUCAUCGAUCGUGUUCCUGUAGGACCAGGACCUGAACGCUGCUCCCACGUUCCCCUGAAGCUACCGACGUACUUCUGUACGCUGCAGCCUCCGUCCAGCUACGCAAGUCAUUCUUCUGACAAAUCUGGUCAUUUCUUAAUAUCGAUGGUGCACAUCCACAGUCUUUAGUUUGGAUUCGUGCCAUUUAUCACAUUUACUCUCCAAACCUCCACAAACCCAACACAGCAGCUUAACGUUCUCUUUUUAAAAACCUCGAUGGCUGCAAGAGACCGGGUCCCGCUGUGGACAGAGAUCUUAACUUCAGAUGUAAACGAGCCAAAUGGUUCCAAGUACAUCCUGUAAAAUGAUGAACCUUUGUCCAUCCAGACCUUUAAUAUCUCAUUUUUGUAAUUUUAUACGAUCUUUUCUACCAACGUGAAGUACAUUCAUUGUUUUAUCUGAAUGUAAACUGAGAAUUUAGUCUCUGAACACUUUCUCAAUUAAUUCUCAAGAAAAUGUAGAUAAUGACAAUAUGAAACUACAUUUACUACAUUUAACCUGUAUCAGCUGUUAAUGAGAACCAGGACCUCGUUAGACAACGUUUUCAAUCAGCCACUAAAACGACUUCUUUCUGUCAUUAUUGUUGGAAUUGCAGCGACACAAACAUCCCCUUUAAACUGCAGUCUGCAGUCAUCUGUCACCUGUUCAUACAUCAAUGUCUGGGGCUGUUUUAAUGUUUGGGGCAGAAUAAUAACCCUGCAGUCAUUCUUCCGUUUUGACCCCUAGUGGUCUUCUUUUCUUUAGUACAUAAUUACUUGCAAGCACUUAAAACUGCACGAAAGCCACAAAAUAUGACAGAAAGCCAAAAAUUGUCAUUUUCAUUGAACCGUGCAGGUGAAGCACAGUUAUUGUGCUGUGAAGGCUUUAAAACACGAUGCAACGCCCCCAUUAAGUAAGUCAGACUGCAGUGAUUGAACAUUAUGAUGAUAAAAAAGAGGUGGAUUGUGAUGCGAUCGAUCGUAUCUUAGCUUGAAUGACUUGCUCAGCUGGACUGUGUGCGCUGUAACAUUCCUACAACAUUUCACUGGAGCUCCGCGGGCGGCAGAUCCACCCAAAGACGCGUGUGCAGGUUUCUUCCACGGUGCCUUGUUGUAUAUUCUGUACACUUGUGUUUCCCAUGUGUGGUUUCUCUUUUGGUAUAAUGUUUUAUAUAUAGACACAUAUAUAUAUAUUAUAAUCACAUGGCUGUACAUUUUAAACUGAAAGUCUUUAUCUUCUACUUUUCCUCCUGAAUGAUGACGAUAUGGUGAUUUUCUCAAGAUGUCAAUCUUGUAUUUUUCUCUACGCAGCCAUCCGACUGACAGUGGACCUUUCACACAAUACUGGUGUCCUGUUGUUUUAAUCUGUAUCAGCUGUGUGACGUACUGAACGGAUGAUUCUAACAAUAAAUGAUUACAAGAGUA